AUGAGGCCACAGCCAGCCGUGUAUCAAAAAGACGACAACCUGCCCUCGGCAGCUCAUGAUUGGGGAACGGACGUAAUUGCAUGUGCUGGCCUUGGAUUGGGGAUUGUAUUUUCUGUCAUCUUCUUUAAAAGAAAGACGUGGCCCAUCGUGUUCUCCUCCGGGAUCGGCUUAGGAAUGGCUUAUUCAAACUGCCAGAACGACUUCCAGUCUCCAUAUCUUCUCCACGGCAAGUUUGUCAAAGAUCAGUGAGCUUGCGCGGUCAUUCCUCCCCGGGAGCAGCUGGACAUCUGGAUCCGUGCAGGAUGCACAACAGCCUCCGGCCGAGCCUUUCUCCCGCUUUAUCUUGAGCUUGCAGAUGUCAUUUUGUUUUAUAUUUUCUGUCACAACAGUCGGGGAAAUAAAGUUAAAUUCUAUAGCGAC